AACCUUUCAAACCACAUUAACAUUUUUCAUUCAUAAAUUAAAUAACAAUAACAAUUUAAAACACUUUGAACCACCUUGUACAAAGGAUCAAAGAAUUCUACAUAUUCAUCAUCUAUAUAUUUUUUUUAGUAUAUCAUUAAACAUGGUUUUUCGUGAAUUUGUGUAUCUUAUUGCAGAGGAGAAAACAUCAGAGAAUGAUGAUAUCAACUCAAAUUCAAGUUCAACAAUGUUUGGUCUAAUAGAGUUUUUCCUAUACUCCACAUUCUUCAUCAGGAUAUACAAGUUUUUCUCGAGUUUUCGGUUUUUACUUCUCUGCCAACUUUAUUCUGAAGACUCAGAUGAAAUAAGAGAGGAAAAGAUCAUAGAAACUGAGUCAAAUAUCAGAAGAGAAAGUGGAGAGAUUGAGAGAGAUGAAGUGAAAAUAGUGAUGGAAAAAAUGGGAAUAUUUUGCAGAUCAGAAAGUGAGGAACUUGAUGAGAAAUAUGGCUCCAAGGAACUUUCUGAAUUGUUUGAGGAACAAGAACCAAGUUUGGAGGAAGUGAAACAAGCUUUUGAUGUUUUUGAUGAGAACAAAGAUGGUUUUAUUGAUGCAGAGGAGUUGCAGAGAGUUAUGUGUAUUUUGGGAUUGAAGGAAGGUUUAGAAGUUCAGAACUGUCAGAAGAUGAUCAAGAACUUUGAUGAAAAUCAAGAUGGAAGAAUUGAUUUCAUUGAGUUUGUAAAAAUCAUGGAAAAUAGAUUAUGCUGAUUUGUUUUUUUACCCUUUAUUUAAGGUUAUAUUUAUAUAUAUAUCAGUUUAUUUUGACAUAUCCUAAUGUUAUCUCAUCAAUACUAGAAUCAAACAAAAAUAUUGAAAAAUAUAAAUUUUGAAUGGUAAAUAUUUAUGUCAUCUCAAA